AUUAACCAUCAACAAAGUACUCGAGAAAUCACGCGUUAUCGCAAAGCCUAUUGUAUGCGCAGCGACUGCCAAAAGCAUUCCUGGCCACACUUCUCCGCAUGCGAAGAGAAAUUGAAUAACCAAGAAACAUCGAACCUCCAAAGCGCACUGAGCGUACCACGAACCACUCGCUGGCGCAUCGACACCAGCGACAAUGGCAACCUCACAUCAACCAUUUCCCUCUCGCCCAUAUACAACCGGCCUCACACGGGGCGCAGGAGGCGCACAAACACCCUACGCCUCCCAAACACCCUUCGCAGCUCCUCAGCAAAAUCCAGUCUCAGGCUUUAACGCGACCGGCGCAGGCGGAGGCUUUGGCACAGCAGGACCUUCCGGCACCACACAACAACAACGCGAUGCGCAACGUCUCGAGCGCGAACGACAAGAGCGCCUCGAACGGGAGAGAAGAGAAGCAGAAGAGCGUGAUGCGCUAGAUAGAAUCAGCGAGGAACAAAGAGAAGAGAUUAACGAAGCUUUUCAACUUUUCGACCUAGACAAAGACAACCAUAUCGACUACCACGAGCUGAAAGUUGCUCUCAAAGCCCUGGGCUUCGAACUUCCCAAGACCGAACUUCUACAAAUUCUCCAGCAACACGGUGUACCAGCUUCGUCACUCACUGGGACUCGUUCAGCCGUACCUCCACCAGCACAACCGACUUUCUCAGGGCCGUCGCGAUUACUGCUCUCGCAUCAAGCAUUUGUUAGCAUAGCGGCACAGCGCGUGCUGGCUCGCGAUCCAAGAGAGGAAAUCGCGAGAGCGUUUGAGCUUUUCGACGCCGAUGGCAAGGGGAGGAUAGAACUGCAGGACUUGAGGAGAGUGGCGCGUGAACUGGGAGAGGGUCUGCAAGAAGAGGAGCUGGCGGCUAUGAUCGAGGAAUUCGACGUGCGAGGGCAGGGAGGCAUCACGCAGGAGGAGUUCAUUGGCAUCUGUUUGGGCGGGUGAGGACAUGCAUAGUGUUCUUCAGUGUUGGUCUAGUUCUUCAUUGUCUUUGGAGCACUCAAUGGGGCAUGGGUCGAUGGGUAAGCGAAGGCGUUACGGAGCACUUGAGAGCAGACUAUUCGUAUGAAAAUUUGUUUGAUGAGCA